GAGUGGGUCUUGCAGCAAGUAUGGACACUGCUGAUCUUUACAGAAUAAGUAGCUUGCGCAAUAGUCGCCGUGCUGGUGGCAGUUUUCGUAAUGAUAGUUCUUCAAUAUGGAGGAAUAACGGGUUGGAUAUUUUCUCAAGAUCUUCAUCUCGAGAUGAUGGUGUUGAUGAUGAAGAAGCUCUGAAAUGGGCAGCUAUAGAGAGACUUCCCACUUACAAUCGUAUAAGGAAAGGUAUAUUUUCUAUGGAAGAGGGUGUGACGAGGGAAGUUGACAUUGAUACUCUUACCUUCACAGAGAGGAAGAUGUUAUUAGAUAGAGUGCUCAGAGCAGCAGAGGAGGACAAUGAGAAGCUCUUGCUGAAGCUGAAGGACCGCCUUGUUACAGUUGGAAUUGAAAUUCCCACCAUCGAAGUCCGCUUUGAGCAUGUAAAUGUAGAUGCUGAAGCUUAUGUGGGAAGUAGAGCCUUACCUAGUAUGAUUAACUUCUCAACAAACAUAAUAGAGGGGUUCUUGAGUAAUCUUGGAAUCCUUCGAAGUAAAAAGAGGCCACUUACAAUACUCCAUGAUGUCAGUGGAAUAGUCAAGCCUGGCAGAAUGACAUUGCUUUUAGGCCCUCCAUGCUCCGGAAAGACCACGUUGCUGUUGGCUUUGGCGGGAAAGCUUGAUAAAGAUCUAAAAUUCUCUGGGAGAAUCACUUACAAUGGCCAUGAAAUGCAUGAGUUUGUCCCACAAAGGACAUCAGCUUAUAUCAGUCAACGAGAUCUCCACAUUGGGGAGAUGACAGUGAGAGAAACCUUAGCUUUUUCUGCUAGAUGUCAAGGAGUGGGAACUCGCUAUGAUAUGUUGACAGAGCUGUCGAGAAGAGAAAAAGAUGCAAAAAUUAAGCCAGAUCCGGAUGUCGAUCUUCUCCUAAAGGCAGCAUCAAUAGAAGGACAGGAGAUCAGUGUAGUAACUGAUUACAUUCUCAAGACCUUGGGACUUGAGAUUUGUGCCGAUACCAUGGUUGGAGAUCAAAUGCUGAGAGGUAUUUCCGGAGGACAAAGAAAGCGUGUCACAACAGGGGAGAUGCUGGUUGGACCAGCAAGAGCACUUUUCAUGGAUGAGAUAUCAACUGGUUUGGAUAGUUCGACAACCUUCCAAAUUGUGAAUUCACUUAAGCAAUUCAUCCACAUUCUCAAUGGGACUGCUUUCAUAUCUCUCCUCCAGCCAGCACCAGAAACUUAUGAACUCUUUGAUGAGAUUAUUCUCCUAUCGGAUGGGCAGAUUGUGUACCAGGGACCCCGUGAAUCUGUGCUCGAGUUUUUCGAAUCUCUCGGUUUCAAAUGUCCUGAAAGGAAGGGUGUAGCUGACUUCUUGCAAGAGGUGACAUCAAGGAAAGAUCAACAACAAUACUGGACACGCAAAGAUGAACCUUACAGAUUUAUCACUGUCGAUGAAUUUGUCGAGGCAUUCCGCUCAUUCCAUGUUGGUCAGAAGCUAGCAGAUGAACUUGCCAUCCCAUUUGAUAAGAGUAUGAGUCACCCUGCUGCCUUAAGUACCAACAAAUAUGGUGUUAGCAAUAAGGAACUAUUGAAAGCCUGCAUAUCAAGGGAAUUACUGCUUAUGAAAAGAAACUCUUUUGUCUACAUUUUCAAGUUGAUACAGCUUACAAUUGUGGCAUUCAUAUCAAUGACAGUCUUCCUGCGUACUGAGAUGCACAAAAAUACAGUAAUUGAUGGUGGGAUUUUUGUUGGUGCUUUGUUCUAUGCUCUCAACAAUAUUAUGUUCAAUGGUUUCUCAGAGCUUGCCAUGACUGUCAUGAAGCUUCCUGUAUUUUACAAGCAAAGAGACCUCCUUUUGUAUCCUCCAUGGGCAUAUUCACUGCCCACAUGGAUCCUAAAGAUUCCCAUUACACUAGUUGAAGUUGCUAUUUGGACGUUCACAACAUACUAUGUCAUAGGCUUUGACCCAAAUGUUGGAAGGCUUUUCAAACAGUACCUUCUACUCAUAUGUGUUAACCAAAUGGCAUCUGGAUUUUUUCGAUUGAUUGCUUCAAUAGGGAGGAACAUGGUUGUUUCGAUGACAUUCGGGGCCUUUGCAUUACUUGUACUCUUGGUUCUGAGUGGAUUUAUCUUGUCACGAGACAACAUAAAAAAGUGGUGGAUAUGGGGCUAUUGGAUCUCUCCCUUGAUGUAUGGGCAAAAUGCAUUAGUAGUGAAUGAGUUUCUUGGGAAAAGCUGGGCACAGAUUCUACCUAAUGGAGAGACUCUAGGAGUUGCAGUCUUGAAAUCUCGUGCCGUUUUCACUGAAGCAUACUGGUAUUGGAUUGGAGUAGGGGCAUUGAUUGGUUAUGUUUUCCUGUUCAAUGGUUUAUUCACUGUGGCUCUCACUUAUCUAAAUCCAUCUGGGAAACCUCAGGCAAUUAUAACUGAAGAGAGUUUGAAUGAUAAAAAUGCCAGCAGAAAUGGAGAAAUGAUUGAGCUAUCACCGAGAGGAAAGAGCUCCAUGGGAGGUACGUCAGCUGAGUCUUCCUCUUCCAAUCAUCAGAACAGGAAGCGGGGAAUGGUUCUUCCGUUUGAGCCUCUUUCCUUCACAUUUGAUGAAAUCAGAUACUCCGUAGAUAUGCCACAGGAAAUGAAAGCACGAGGUGUUACAGAGGAUAGGCUGGAACUUCUUAGGGGAGUGAGUGGAGCUUUUAGGCCAGGAGUCCUUACAUCUCUAAUGGGUGUUAGUGGAGCUGGUAAAACCACUUUGAUGGAUGUAUUGGCUGGAAGGAAAACUGGAGGAUACAUUGAAGGAAGCAUCAAAGUAUCUGGAUACCCAAAGAAACAAGAAACUUUUGCUCGUAUAUCAGGAUAUUGUGAGCAAAAUGACAUCCACUCUCCCCAUGUUACAGUCUACGAAUCCUUGGUUUAUUCGGCUUGGCUUCGGUUAGCUCCAGAAAUCAAUUCUUCCACUAGAAAGAUGUUCAUUGAAGAGGUCAUGGACCUUGUAGAGCUGGACUCAUUGAGGGAAGCACUAAUUGGGCUUCCCGGUGUAAAUGGUCUCUCAACAGAGCAGCGCAAGAGGAUAACAAUCGCUGUUGAACUUGUUGCCAACCCUUCAAUUAUAUUCAUGGAUGAGCCUACCUCUGGACUUGAUGCAAGGGCUGCAGCAAUAGUGAUGAGAACAGUGAGAAACAUAGUGGACACUGGACGCACUGUGGUGUGCACCAUCCACCAGCCAAGCAUUGACAUAUUUGAUGCUUUUGAUGAGCUAUUCUUACUGAAGCAAGGUGGAGAAGAAAUAUAUGUGGGCCCAAUGGGGAAGCACGCUUGUCAUUUGAUCAAGUACUUUGAGGGAAUCAAAGGAGUCAGUAAGAUAACAGAUGGUUAUAAUCCAGCAACAUGGAUGUUGGAGGUGACAACAACAGCCCAAGAAGCAGCUUUGGGGGUCAACUUCGCCGAAAUAUAUAAGAACUCAGAAUUGUACAGGAGAAACAAAGAAAUGAUUGAUGAAUUGAGUAAACCUACCACUGGUUCCAAAGAUCUCUAUUUCUCUACUCAGUACUCUCAGUCUUUCUUCAUCCAAUGUAUAGCUUGUCUAUGGAAACAACAUUGGUCAUACUGGCGAAACCCACCUUACACUUUUGUAAGGAUGUUCUUCACAACUUUCAUAGCUCUGAUGCUCGGGUCAAUGUUUUGGGGUCUUGGAUCUAAAACGCAGAGGGAACAGGACUUAUUUAAUGCAAUGGGUUCUAUGUAUAGUGCUGUUAUAUUUCUAGGGAUACAAAAUGGAGGAUCAGUGCAACCAAUUGUAGAUAUUGAACGUACAGUAUUUUAUAGGGAGAGAGCUGCUGGAAUGUAUUCAGCUUUGGCAUAUGCCUUUGCCCAAGUCACGAUUGAGAUUCCACAUAUUUUCGUCCAGACUUUAAUAUAUGGAGUUAUAGUGUAUUCAAUGAUCGGAUUCCAAUGGACGGUUGCGAAAUUCUUUUGGUAUAUAUUCUUCAUGUAUUUCACAUUGUUAUACUUCACCUUUUAUGGUAUGAUGACAGUGGGUAUUACACCCAACCAACACAUCGCUUCUAUAGUUUCUUCGGCAUUCUAUGCAAUAUGGAACCUUUUCUCAGGAUUCAUAAUUCCAAGACCAAGGAUUCCUAUAUGGUGGAGGUGGUACUACUGGGCUUGCCCUGUUGCUUGGACAUUGUAUGGAUUGGUGGUGUCACAAUUUGGAGAUAUACAAGACACACUUGAAUCAGGGGAGCUGACAGUUCAAGAAUUUCUGAGUAGUUAUUUUGGAUUCCGACAUGAUUUUUUAGGAGUGGUUGCAAUCGUAGUUGUUGGGUUCAAUGUGCUUUUUGCAUUCGUCUUUGCUUUUGCGAUAAAGGCAUUUAACUUCCAGAGAAGAUAGGCAGAUUCUGCAAUUGGGAGACAUUAAAUCAAGUGGUAGGCAGUCUUUGGAGCCAUGUAUAGAACAUAUCUCAAGAUUCUGAACGUUAACUUGUAGAAACAAGCUAAGAAUAUUUCAUGGGUUCAAAGUCUGAUUGUUAUUUCAUUGUAUCACAUUACAUGUAAAGACAAAAAAGAAUUUCCUUUGAUA